AUGUACUCGGCACUGAAAGUUGACUGUCGUAUGCUGAAGAUCCGCACCUAUUUCUUACGCAGCCCAUUUGCCACGAUUCUGUGCAUCAGUUUAGAGUCUGUUAGCGUUGUCAAUGAACUUUGUCAUUCGAUUAUGCCUCUAAACAACCCUUUAGAUGAGUAUACAGUACGCGCAAGAAUUCGUGCCACAUUACGACUUCUCGAGGAGGUCGCGGAUGGUGAGCCUGCUACACCGACGUCUCUCGCGAGGACGCCCGUAGCCAGUGACUUUACCUUCAAGAAGCCAAAAGACGUCACUCCUGAGCCAGAAGAGACUCCCGCUCACCAAACGACAAGUCCGAAACCAGAUUCUGAGCUCCCUCCACCGAAGCCGACACCCUCUGUGGCGGAACCCCAAGAAAAGAAGUCGGGCCAGUCCAGUUUUGCUGCGAGUAGCCCUGCGAGUAGUAUUGUAGUUCUCAAUUCAGAUGACGCGGAGGAAGUGGAUGAGGGGGGACAGUAUCACCCUCAAUUACCGUCGACUGAAUCAGCAUUAGCUAACCAGUCAGAUCAGCCAGCUGAUGGUGGGUUUCCACUCUUCUAUGACUGUCUCAAUCACUAA